ACAGGAGGCGGGACACGUGGGUUGGGUGAUUAGCUAGUAACUAGUAGCUGUAGUAGUCGGUUACUCCUCCACCUCUGAGCAGCAGUACCAGACCGACUCUAUAUCACUAUCCACAUCCACAAUGAACGGGUUAGACGAGGAAACCAUGGCGCCACAGACCUUCCUUUACGGCUGUGUGCUGGAAGCUGGAAAAGAAGUGUUGUUCAAUCCCGAGGAUGAUGACUUUGAGCACCAGUUAGAUCUGAGGAUGGCCUGCGUUGACCCCGCCACAAAAGACGUACUUCACAUGGUGGAGGUGGAAGGACAAGACGCAGAGGGUCAGAAAAUUAAGGCAGCACUGGUUUCACUGAAGCCCUCGACCCUGCCCAGCGUUUGUCUUGGUGGUUUCACAAUCACACCUCCAGCGGUUUUCCGUCUCAAGGCAGGUUCUGGUCCGAUCCACAUCAGUGGACAGCACCUCGUCAUGAUGGAAUCUGAGCAGUCUUUUGAUGAAGACAGUGAUGUAGAGGAAGAGGAGGAAGAAAAUGAAGUCGCAACAUCAAAGAAGAGACCUGCUUCCUCUCCUGCGGUCAAGUCUCAGAAAAAGAUGAAAAUGGAGAUUGAGGAGGAUGAUGACGAUGAAGAUGAGGAUGAUGAUGAGGAUGGUGAUGAUGAGGAGGAUGAUGAGAGCGAGGAGGAAGAAUCGCCUGUUAAGGCCAAGGCAACACCAUCCAAAAAAAAGACCCCUGCUCAGAAUGGCAAGAGUCCCAAACCCACCACUCCAGCUAAGACACAGCAGGAUAAGACCCCUAAAGGAAAAGGUACCAGGACACCUAAAACGCCAACAACUCCAAAGGUUAUUCUCACAGUUCCUGAGAUUAAAGCCAAGAUUAUGGAGGCAGUUAACAAGGGAGUGACAUUACCCAAAGCUCAGCCCAAGUUUGAGAACUUCGUGAAGCACGGCUACAAAGUCUCUGAAGCCAAGGACGUCGCGGAUCUGUGGAAGUGGAGACAGACGGUGGCGGAUGCUAAAUAACAACCUACACAACAGUUUUAUUAACUCUUUUUAUGACUCGUUUAUAUCAUCGCAUCUCUGUAGCCAAACUCAGUCCCAACUCGUCGUCAUGAAUCCAUAAAAAGUCUAAUCCAGCCUCCGUCUGCCCUCCUGCAUGAAGAGACUGUACAGGUAGUGAUGUGGCUGGCGAGCGUGCCCGGUGAUGUUGCAUCAUGUUUCCACCUCCAUAUUACUCACUGGGGCAGAGAUAUUAUUUGGUUUGUUGAAUAAACCCUGAGAGGAGAGACGUACAAAUUAGCAUCUUUGUAGAUGUGUAAAUAAAUUUCUCGGUAGAUAAUUUUGUUUUUCUGGCAGCAUUGAAUGCAAAAACGAUAAUAAAAAAAACACAUUUCCUAAAAUGAAAGACUUGAAACCGGGCAGUUCAAAAUAACUUCUUUUCAGUCAGUAAAACAUCAGCUUUGGUGAAUUAUCACCAAGCACUUCAGUGAAAACUGCACUUUUUGAAAUGUGUUGAUUGUUUAUGCUGCUGUGAGAUUCCUGUAGUAAAGACCCCUUCACUUGCUUUUUUUAAGUUGGAAGAUUUUGUCUGAAUUCAAAGGUUCUUGCCAUUUUCCUACAUUUUACCGUCCGUCCAUGGUUCACCAUUUGGAUUAAAACUCCCAUCAACCGUUUUAGAGCCAAGAGAAACCAGAGCAGCACCUUCCACCUCUGCUCUCUUGGUUUAUCUGCCAUGACUACCGAUAUCCAACAGGCUAAAGUUUAAGUAUUUGCUCAUCAGGUGACAGACUGCAUGAAAGAGUUUGUUUUUUGCAUUGCUAAAUCUUUUCAAACCAGAUAUUGCAGAUGUGGAGAUGUUCUAUACAAUACAAAAAAUACACCUGACGUUAUAAUUAGCCCAUUUCACUUGAUCGUUUGAAGUUUAAUUGAUGGUGUAAGUGUUUGCAUUUGGCCUGUUAGAAGCAGCUCAUUCCAUGUUUGCAAAAAUCUAAUGCUUUUGUUUGAUUUAAAUAUGCUGUGGGUGUAAGCUCGCCGUCAAUGAGAUUGAUUAAAUAAAGGAUCUGGCUUCAUUACAACUGUUCUGUUUCUGUGCAGCGAGAAUAAAAAGCUGUGGACAUGUUGAAGACAAA